AAUUUUACAAGAAAGUUAUGGAGAUUUUCAGGAAUUAGAUUUUCCGUCAUUGUAUCGAGUUCCUCAUUGUACUCUUCAAUAAGAUCAAUGGAUAACUAUUUGAAAAAUCUUGAUUUUGGAUUCAAAUCAACUACUACAUCAUCAUUAUAA